AAGAUGCCGUGCCGAUCGUCACGGUGAAAAGCAAAAAGCUAUUAUAACAUGCGUAAAGAAAAAUGUAGAGAUAUAUCAAAGAUAUCUGGCAGUAUCACGUGUUAAUUUAAGGUUAACCAAUAAUGAUACAUUGGAGCGCUGUUCAGUCAAGCGCAAGCACAGUCGAGCAACGGCCUUCUACUUAAGUGGACGUCUGUCAUCCAGCGAAUUGUUGAGUAAUCAAAAAGUAAUGGAACGUUCACGUGUUGGAAAGUAGAAACGACUAUCCACAUUAAUUAAAUUUACAUAAAAUAUUAGUAAACGAAUAAUAAGCUGUCAUGGAUGGAAAAAUAAAAGUAGAAAGAAAAAAGAACCCAAGAGAAGGAGCAAAUCCCCUUAGCAUUUUAACAUUUGCAUUUACACUGCCUACAUUUUGGGUGGGUUGUCGCAAGGAUUUAGAAAUAAAUGAUUUAUACAGACCCCUCAAAGAACAUACAAGCAGUCAUGUGGGUAAAAAGAUAUCAAAACUAUGGGAAAAAGAGUAUAGUGCAUACGAGAAGCAAAAGUUGCUUAACGAAGAGAAAGCAAACAGUGAUAACAAGUACGAUGUUAAGAAGUUGAAGGAACCCAGUUUAGUAAAAGUUCUUUUAAAAUGUUUUGGUGGUCAAUUAGCACUCUAUGGAAUAAUUUUAGCGGUACUAGAAAUUUUCUUCAGACCAUUACAGCCUUUGUUUCUUUAUCUUCUGAUUCAUUCCUACCGUCAGAUGAAAGUUCCACAUACAGCAGUGCAUACCGUAUUAUCAUCCAGUUUACACAACUUAUCCAAUUCGCAAGUUUAUGAAAGCGAAGAUGCAGCCGAAUUGGUAAUGCAGCCAAUAUUUCUUAGUCGACUUUUACAAUACUUCAGCAAUAACUCAGAGACAAAAGAUAAUGCAUACUUGUAUGCAGGUGGUGUGAUAUUGUGUUCGGGCGCAUUAAUAUUUGUUAUGCAUCCAUACAUGAUGGGUGUACUUCACACGGGAAUGAAAAUGCGAGUGGCAUGCUGUACGUUAAUAUACAGAAAAGCGUUGAGGCUUUCAAGAACAGCUUUAGGCGAAACAACAGUAGGACAGGCAGUUAAUCUACUGUCGAACGACGUUAACAGAUUCGACGUAGCAAUUAUACAUUUACAUUACUUGUGGAUUGGACCGUUAGAAACUUUGGUCAUUACAUAUUUUAUGUAUAACGAAGUCGAAAUACCUGCACUUCUUGGAGUUUUGGUGCUCUUGAUGUUUAUCCCUCUACAAGGCUAUUUGGGUAAAAAGUCUUCCGUAUUAAGAUUGAAAACCGCUAUUAGGACGGAUGAAAGAGUACGAUUAACCAACGAAAUUAUCAGCGGUAUUCAAGCAAUUAAAAUGUACACUUGGGAGAAACCGUUUAGUGCUUUAGUUGAAAGAGCAAGAAGGAGAGAAAUAAACGUUAUAGGAGCCAUGUCUUUAAUCAGAGGUGUUAUCAUGUCUUUUAUCAUGUUCACCACAAGGAUGGCCCUAUUCAUUACCAUAAUAGCAUAUAUUUUAUACGGCCGAAAAAUAACUGCCGAAAAAGUGUUCAUGUUACAGGCGUACUAUAAUAUUUUACGUCAAACCAUGACUGUUUAUUUUCCACAAGGAAUAACGCAAAUGGCUGAAUUGAUGGUUUCCAUAAGACGUUUACAAAGAUUUAUGUUACACGAAGAAAUGGAUAUUAAAAAAGAGAAGAACGAAGAUUACAAUGAAACGUCGAAGGACGAAGAGAAGAACAAAAAUGAUGUAAAUAGCGUAAACAAUGAAGUAAACGAUGCAAAACGCGUGAAUGAAGAUGAUAGCAUUAUAUCUAUAAAAGAUGCUAGCGCAAAGUGGGUUUCGUAUGAACAAGAGGACACUCUAAAAAAUCUUAACAUCAAAGUAAAACGAGGCGAAUUAAUUGCGGUUGUCGGUCAAGUUGGUUCUGGUAAAAGUAGCCUGCUUAAUUUAAUACUUAAAGAGUUACCCGUGUCUUCGGGUAGUAUAGAGGUGAACGGAAAAAUUGCGUAUGCUAGUCAAGAACCGUGGUUAUUUGCUGGCUCUGUUAGACAGAACAUACUCUUUGGUAGAAAAAUGGAUCAGCAUAGAUACGAUCGUGUGAUUAGAGUGUGUCAAUUAAAAAGAGAUUUCACCUUGUUUCCAUACGGUGAUAAGACGAUAGUUGGUGAAAGAGGAAUUAGUUUAUCGGGUGGACAACGUGCUAGGAUUAACUUAGCCAGAGCAGUAUACGCCGAGGCCGAUGCGUAUCUACUUGAUGAUCCGUUAAGCGCCGUAGACGCUCAUGUCGGGAAACACAUGUUCGAAGAAUGUAUCGAAAAGUACUUAAGAGGAAAAACUAGAAUCGUCGUUACGCAUCAGCUGCAGUACUUACGAAAUGUCGAUAGAAUAAUCGUCUUAAAAGACGGUGAUAUAGAGGCAGAAGGUAAUUACGAUGAACUUGCUGCGAUGGGAAUAGAUUUUGGAAGACUCAUGGAGAAACAACCACUCGACGAAGAGGAAAAACGAACAGCAUCUGGCCCACCGAGUAGAAGUACUUCUCGAAAUGCUAGCAUUUCGUCUUUAAGUUCAUUGAAGAGUAGUAUCGGUGACAAAGAUGACCCAGUGGAAGUAGCUGAAACUCGCUCGAAGGGUAGUGUUUCUGGUAAAGUGUAUUCAGGAUACUUCCGAGCAGCAGGAAAUUGGUGCGUCAUUAUUGUUGUUGCUUUGCUCUGCGUCAUGGCUCAAGGAUUAGCCAGUGGUAGUGAUUUUUUCAUUUCCCAGUGGGUGAACAUGGAAGAGAAAUAUGUAACAGAAACACCGAAUGGACUCGUUGAAAAUUGGGAGGGUCCCAUCAGCCGCGAAGUGUGCAUGUAUCUAUACAGUGGUUUAAUCGUCUGCACGAUAGUAAUCACUUUAACACGUUCGUUCUCAUUCUUUUCGGCGUGCAUGAAAGCAUCCACCAAGCUGCACGACCGAAUGUUCCGAUGCAUCAGUCGCGCCACUAUGCUUUUCUUCAAUACCAACCCGUCAGGACGUGUCCUAAAUAGAUUCUCGAAGGAUAUGGGUGCUAUAGACGAAGUAUUACCAAUGGCGCUAAUCGAUUGCAUACAAAUUGGCUUGUCUCUGCUCGGAAUUAUAAUUGUGGUCGGUAUAGCUAAUCCAUGGCUGAUGAUACCCACUGUGAUCAUUGGAGUGAUCUUCUAUUACAUUCGAGUAUUUUAUCUGGCAACCAGUCGCAGUGUGAAACGUCUCGAAGGAAUUACUCGAUCGCCAGUGUUUGGCCAUCUCAGCGCAACAUUGCAAGGAUUGCCGACUAUAAGAGCCUUCGGAGCUGAAGAAAUUCUCACAAAGGAGUUUGAUCAACACCAAGACUUGCAUUCAUCAGCGUGGUACGUCUUCAUAGCAUCAUCCAGAGCGUUUGCAUUCUGGUUGGAUUUCUUCUGCGUUGUCUACAUCUGCUUGGUCACUCUAAGUUUCUUAGUAAUGUACGACUCGGCGGUCUCAACGCAAGGCGGUAACGUUGGGCUUGCCAUAACUCAAAGUAUAGGGUUGACUGGUAUGUUCCAGUGGGGUAUGCGACAAAGUACCGAGUUAGAAAAUCAAAUGACCUCGGUCGAGCGUGUGUUGGAGUACAGUAACGUGGAAAGCGAACCACCAUUAGAGAGUACACCGGACAAAAAACCCCCAGAUACUUGGCCGGAAGAGGGUAAAAUAGAAUUCAAAAACGUCUCGCUGCGAUACGAUCCGGCAGAGGCUCCGGUGUUGAAGAAUCUGAAUUUCGUGAUUUACCCUCAAGAAAAGGUUGGAAUCGUUGGAAGAACUGGCGCUGGAAAAUCUUCCUUAAUUUCAGCGCUUUUCCGUUUCGCGUAUCUCGAUGGUGUUAUAGAGAUCGACGGUGUCAACUCGAUCGAGAUAGGUCUUCAUGAUUUGCGUUCAAAAAUCAGUAUCAUCCCUCAGGAACCGUUCUUGUUCUCGGGCUCGUUGAGAAAGAAUUUAGAUCCAUUCGAUAGCUACAAUGACGACGUACUCUGGCAAGCUUUGAGCGAGGUUGAGCUUAAAGAGAUGGGCCUGGAUGCUCACAUAACCGAGGGUGGUUCCAAUUUGAGCGUUGGACAACGUCAGCUCGUCUGUCUGGCACGUGCAAUCGUCAGGAACAACCCCAUCCUUGUGUUGGACGAGGCUACAGCGAACGUAGAUCCACGAACCGACGAGCUGAUUCAAAAGACGAUUCGUGAGAAGUUUGCUAAGUGUACAGUGUUAACCAUUGCUCAUCGUCUCAAUACCGUGAUGGACAGUGAUCGUAUACUAGUGAUGGAUGCUGGUACCGCCGUGGAAUUCGAUGCUCCAUACGUUUUGAUACAAAAGAGUGCAGGAUACUUGAAGGGCAUGAUCCACGAAACUGGACCAGCAAUGGCGGAAGCAUUGAAAGAAGUAGCUCGUUACACUUACGAGAAUCGUACAUCCACUGCCCUUUGAUAAAUUAUCAACGUAUUACGCCAAUUUCUACGUUGGACUCUGCAUUAAGCCCCAUUCUAUAGGUUCAAUUUUUUAGUAGAUCUAUUCUGUCGAUAAUCUUUUUUGUACGGUGAUCAAUCUGGUGAUUACAUAGUUAAGUGAAGGCAUACGUUAUCAUCGUGAUUCUUUUCGUCUCUUUCACCUUCAGUAUUAUUGCAUUGAUUUUUGUAAAUGAAAUCGACGGGAACUUUGUACUGGGACAAAAGUCGCUCUGGUGUACUUAAUCGUCAAGAUAAACUCGUUAAAUAAGUGGCGUCACAGUACUUUCUUGUUUUAUAUACGUCGUGCCACAAGUAGGGAUAAACAAUUUACCUCGCUUUUAAGUAAUUUUUGAGAUAUUUAUACGCAAUAUUAGGUUUCUCUUGCUCUCGUUUCGGUGCUAUACGAAUACGAAAAGACGGGUGCCUAUUUUUUCACUUUACAAGCAGAACAUGUCGAGCGCUAUAUUGGAAAGAAAUUUUUAUUCAAACAUCGAAGACGGUACCUUGAUUUUAUGUACAUAAUCGUUCAAAGAAGAAUUACCAAUUAGAAAUCUUCGAUUGUUUGUACUGUAUCGUUUGCUAGGUCUUACGCUUUUGAUACACUAUGUCGUAUCUGUUACACGUAAGGCAAAGUCAACGAGAACAGCGUUGUCAAUGCAAACAAUUACAUAGUGUUUGCAAACAGUGCAAUUCUUCCUAUACAAGCUUCAAAUUCAUAUCUUCAUACUAUUCAUAUUUGUCGUACAAGCAUAAAUGUUUGUAAAAAAAAAAGAAAAGAAAAGAAAACAAAAACAAUUGCCUUAUGUACAAGUGCCUAUGUAAUUUAAUUAUUAUUAAUGAAAAAUAUAAAUGCAGAGAAUUAUUUAUCUUGCUA